AGCUUGACGGCUAACUUGCCCACGGGACAACGAGGCUAUUCACAGUCUCCAUCCAGGGACGACGACAUGUACGGCAACGCGUGGGACCGGCGCGACUAUCACUCCCGGCCGCAUCGCCGGCCACCCUCCAGUGCAGAUCGUGCGCCAGACUACCGAGACGCUCAUGAUGCGCGCCCGAGGCGAAGCCCGAGCCCUCGUGACUGGAGCCGUGACAACCAGGGCAGAAUGUAUAGCGAUGACUAUCACCGUGGGCGAAAUGACCAAGACAGAGGCUACGACCAUGGCUCCUCUUCUUCCUACCGUGAUAGGAGAUCCUACACGUCCCGAUCGCCGCAUGGAGAGUACGGAGAGUACUAUAGCAGGAGUCGUUCCCGCAGUCCUGCCAGAGAGGGUGGCCGGUUGAGAGAGGCUGGGCUGCCCAGUGAUACCGUUAUUUUCGAAGGGCUACCUGCCAGGGUAGACGCAAUGGAGCUACGAGAGAGCAUUAUCCGCAAUUGCAUUUCCGACAACUAUUCUCUCGUCGACGUCCGGAUAUCGUAUUCCAAAGGAAAACGCCGGGCUUUUAUCCAAUUUGAGGAAGUUGAUCAUGCAGCCGCCUUUGUCAAUGAAAACUUUCCCAAAGUCCUCAUCACACUACCUGACACGACUGAUGAAGUUCCAGAUGGCAGAAUCAGUGCUUACAUUCACUUUGCCCAUCGCAGGGAGGACGCAGAAACGCGCGCUUCCGGUGCUGGCCAAUGGAUCUGCCAACCUUGCGGCUUCAACAACUACUCUACGCGCAUCAAGUGCAAGCGCUGUGGCUCACCCCCAACAUCCUCCACAAUGCGAUUAAGUCUGAAUCCCGCUGCUGAUGCGGCUGAAGCACCUACCCAGAUCUUGGUGGUUUAUCCUCUGACUGCUUUUGUCAACGAGGACAUGUUCGCUGCAGACAUGAAACGUCUAGAGCUUGAAAAGCCUGACCCGGCCAGCCAGAAGCUGGUACCAGGCUCAAAACUUCAAUCAACUGCCCCAGCCGAUCGUGCUGCUCGGACUGGUGCGCGCGCAGGGUCGCUCCACCGCGUAUUCCUAAUGCGCGAUCCCAAUACCGAAGAGUCUGUCAAGUAUGGCUUUGCUGAGUUCUGGACUGUGCAAGACGCUGUUGAUGCCAUGGCUAAAAUCAAGCUGCUACCAUCCUUCACCGUUGCAGCCUGUGCCGUCAACGUGUCUCACAUUCACAUGGGAGUCUUUGUCCCAGAGGAUCGUGAGACUACUCCGGAUAUAGAGCGAUUUUCCUUUACUCCGUUGUUCAACACCAGUCUCCGCGUCCGGUAUCGUGAUUUGCGAGCCUACCCUAGCCAGAAACUCCUGACAGCUGAGCCUCCCGAGACUGUGAACGCAGAUGGAGAGCCAAAAGAAAGUGACCCGAAUGGAAUUAGCAAGAAGCCGAAGAAGAGAAAGGCAGAUGAUCCCCAAGGGGCUGCCGCCAAAAGGGCAGUCCCCGCGAUGGCUGGUCAUAUGGCCAUGUGGCAGAAGAAGCAUGAAGAAAUCCAUACGAAUGAAUCUGACGACAAGGCAGCUGCCAAGCAGCCACCACUCGCCCUAAAGCUUUCAAAGGAAGCACCCAUCAAAUUUUCAUUUACUGGAGCAUCAAAACAGGCCUCAGGCCAUCCAGCGGUUUCAUCAUCAGCCUCAACCAAUGCAGCACCUCCCGCACCCUCUUCUGCACCUCCACCUCCACCUCCGCCAGAGGAGCAAAUCAACGACAACAUGCCUGCAGCCAAACCUGACGUCCAGGUCAAGGAAGAAAAGCCAAUCACCCCAUAUGCGGACCGAGAGAAGCUACAAUGUCUUCUUUGCAUGCGAAAAUUCAAAUCACUGGAUGAGCUGGGCCGCCAUGGAAAUUCGCAGCUGCAUGCGGAGAAGCUGCUAGAUGAGCAGUCUGUCAAGAGCGCGGUAGAGAGGCUGAAUAAACGAGGCAUCCAGCUACCAAAACAAACUGAAGCUGGUGAUGAUACCGGCGCCACAGCACCACAAUACCGUGACAGGGCCAAGGAGCGACGCGAGCAAUGGAACCAACCCAAGAAGCCACUACCUGCCCCAGCAGACAAGAACGCCUCGGGACCUCCGAAAGACCAGGGCAAGGCCCCAGUCCAAGAGAAGGCUACGGUGCAGUCUAAGGGCGCUGGUAUGCUGGCCAAGAUGGGCUGGACAACAGGAAGCGGCCUGGGCGCCAAUUCUGAAGGCCGCACCGAGAGUAUCGUCACCCAUGUGUAUCGGCAGGGCGUGGGUCUUGGGGCCGAAGGCGCUGACCUGGGCAACGCGCAGGCUUUGGGAGAGAGCAGGACGCUCAACAAGCGCAAGGACUAUGUGGAUGCUGUCAACGACCGGGCGAGAGAGCGAUUC